UCCCCGAGAAAAUAAAGAGAAAAGAGGAAAAGGAAGAGGAGGAAGGAGAGAGAGAGAGAGAGAGAGAGAGAGGGCGAGAGAGAGAGAAGUAAACGCGCCGUCUUCUUCCUCUUCUACUGCUGCAGUGUCUGAUUCUCCCUCCACCAUCUUCAUCAUCACCACCAUCAUCAUCCUCUUCUCCCUCCUGUCUGUGUGUCUGGGUCUCCUCCUCCCUCCCUCCUCCUCCUCCUCCUCCUCCAUCCCGCUCUCCGCCAGUGAAGGCACGGCCAGAUAUCACGGCGACAAAAGAGAGGGAGAGGGAGAGAGAGGGGUAGAGAGACCUUGACAGAAACGGAGAGGGAGAAAGAGAGAGAGAGAGUGUGUUUGAGAGAGAGAGAGAGAGAGAGAGAGAGAGAGAGAGAGAGAGGGAGGCUGCAGACUUUCCGACCAGAGAGGAAGAGGAGAGGAGGAAGAAGAGACAGAGAUAGAGGAGUCUCCAUCUUCGCCAUUUCAAUCAUUAAAGCUUCACUCACUGACCACAUCCAGCCCUCGAUCCGUCAAUCACAGAGCCCCGCCCCGCUGCUCGGCACUGACAGAGAUCAUGACUUUGGAAGACGGCUUCUGAAUUCUGUUUGGUAUAAAGACUCUUCAGCUACAUGACCAGUGCUACACCGAGCUCUGACCAGAUGGAGGUGAAUGUGGUUAGAAAACGCCAUCGCACACGGUCCAAAGGAGUUAGAGCCGCUGUGGAAGCAGUAACACAGGAGCUGUUCAGCUGUCCCACCCCAGGCUGUGAUGGCAGCGGUCACGUCAGUGGGAAGUACGCCAGACACCGCAGUGUCUACGGCUGCCCGCUGGCCAAGAAGAGGAAGGCUCUGGAAAAACAGCCACUGGAGCCUGCUGCCAAGAGGAGGCCCUUCCUCACCUCCUGCCCCGGGGAGGAGGAGGACGCCAGCGCCUACACCAGCUACGAGAAUGAAGCCAUUGAGGUGGGGGUGGAAGGGAAGGAGCAGGGGGAAGUAGUGGAGGAGGAUGAGGAGGAAGAGGAAGGGGAGAGAGAAGGAGAUGAAGACGGUGACGUGGAGGACGAGUUCUCGGAGGACAACGAGGAGCAGGGAGAGGAGGAGGAGGAAGAAGAUGAAGAAGAGGAGGAGGUAGAGGUGGAGAGAGCGGACACAACAAUGGAAGGAGAGCGGGCGGAGGAGGAGGAAGGGAUGUAUGAGGAGGAAGAAGAAGUGGAGGACGGUGAUGAUGAGGAGGAGCAGGAGGAUGAGGGAGAGGAAGACGAGCAAGAGGAGGAGGAGGAAGAGGAAGAGCAGAAUCGUCAGCAUGUAGAGAACCACUACAAACCCAGUGGACAAUCAAAGCUCAUUCCAAUUCUGAAGGACGACAACAACAACAACAGCUGCACCAUCAGUGCUGGUAACGGCACCGGAGAGGAGUACGAGAACUACGACGAGCUGGUCGCUAAGUCGCUGCUCAACCUGGGCAAGAUUGCUGAAGACGCUGCCUACCAGGCCAUGACCGAGUCUGAGAUGAACAGCAACUCUUCCAACAGCGCUGGGGAAGAUGAAGAUGACGAGGAAGAUGACGGCAGCGAUCAGGGCGACCGGAAGGGCGAACUGAGCGUGGACCUGGACAGUGAUGUAGUCAGAGAGACGGUGGAUUCCUUGAAGCUCCUGGCGCAGGGCCACGGCGCCAUGCUGCCUGAGGACGGCUACCCAGAGGGUGCCAUGGGGGAUGAUUGCUGCCAUUCUAACGGGCGGCCCGGCAUAGGGGUUAGGGUUCAGGCGGAUGAGAGCGAGGAGGAGGUGUGCCUCAGCAGUCUGGAGUGUCUGAGGAACCAAUGCUUCGACCUGGCUCGGAAACUGAGCGAGACACAGACGUCUGAUCGCCCCGCCCUCCACGCCCUGCACCACCUCCCAACAGACCAGCAGAUGGUGCAUCACCUGAACAGGUACGACAGCUGCCAGCAGGGUGCACCGGGGGAGCCCAGGUCUCUGGAGCGCAGCUACUCCGACAUGGUGAACCUUAUGAAGCUGGAGGAGCAGCUAAGCCCAGCGUCCAGAGGUUAUCCAACCAGCUGCAGCCAGGAGGGCGACGAAGAUACCACAUCGGUGGCCUCUGACCGCUCGGACGAGACUUUCGACAUGGCCAAGGGAAACCUGUCGCUGCUGGAGAAGGCCAUCGCCCUGGAAUCAGAGAGGGCAAAGGUCAUGAGGGACCGGAUGGCCUCAGAGCACACGUUUCCCCGUCGGGAUCACCAUCAUCAUCAUCGUGGCCACGGCGAGCAUAGCCCGAGGCUGAGCAGCGCCGGCGAGGAGCGCAAGUCCAGGAUGCACCACGAUGGGUUGAAGAGGGCGUACUACCCUAAAGACUCUUCCAGAGGGGAGAAGAAGGAGAGUAAGUGUCCGACACCAGGUUGUGAUGGGACUGGUCAUGUGACGGGUCUGUACCCACACCACCGCAGCCUGUCCGGGUGUCCUCACAAAGACAGAGUCCCGCCUGAGAUCCUUGCCAUGUAUGAAAAUGUUUUAAAGUGCCCCACUCCUGGCUGCUCUGGACGGGGUCAUGUCAAUAGCAACAGGAACUCGCAUCGCAGUCUGUCCGGCUGCCCCAUCGCUGCCGCAGAGAAGAUGGCGAAGGUCCACGAGAAGAGCCACACGACUGACACCGGCAGUAAGACCAAUCAGACGUCAGACCGUGUCCUCAGGCCGAUGUGUUUCGUCAAGCAGCUUGAGAUUCCUCAGUACGGCUACAAAAACAAUGUUCCCACCAGCACGCCGCGGUCCAACCUGGCCAAGGAGCUGGAAAAAUACUCCAAGACCAGCUACGACUACACCGGCUACGACAGCCAGCAUGGCGGCUACGGAAAGAGAGGCCCGACAACCAAGUCCCACCACGGGCGAGACACCUCCCCAAAGGGAUACGAUGCUAAGCGCUACUGUAAGACGUCGAGCCCGGCAAGCAGUACGACCAGCAGCUACGCUCCCAGCAGCAGCAGCAGCCUGAGCUGUGGAGGAGGAGGUGGUGGUGGAGGAGGAGGAGGUGGAGGAAUAGGAGGAGGCGGAAGCAGCGCCAGCAGCACCUGCAGUAAGAGCAGCUUCGACUACACCCACGACAUGGAGGCGGCCCACAUGGCGGCCACGGCCAUCCUGAACCUGUCGACGAGAUGCAGGGAGCUCCCGCACGCUCUGGGAGGGAAACCCCAAGACCUGCUGACACAGAUCUCAGCAGUCAACUUGAGUCCGGUUGGCGACAUGGACGACAAUGGUGCGGUGGAUGUGGCCGGUCAGCCCGGUGGUCCGGAAGGCAGCGGGACGGUGUUAACCCCCCUGCAGCCGAUGUCGCCCCAGCGGCAGGCUCUGCUCAACAGCCGCUGCUACCAGCUGACCGAGGCCGACUGCUGGGACCUGCCCGUCGACUACACCAAGAUGAAGCGGCUGGGAGACGAGCAGGACCACAAAGAGUCUGCUUAUUUCUCGUCCCUACACCAGAGCGACGAGCUGGAUCCCUUCCAGGAGCUGCUGGACGAGCAGCGCUACCCAGCCGAGGUCACCAUGCCCAGCCCCAAACACCACAAGUACCCGCCCUGCAAGGAGAGCAAGAAGGAGCUCAUCACGUUGUCAAGCUGCCAGCUGGCCGACAAGAACAUCCGCGGGAUGAUGGCAACCAACGCACAAGAACUCAAGUGUCCGACCCCCGGCUGCGAUGGAUCUGGACACAUCACUGGAAACUAUGCCUCCCACAGGAGUCUGUCCGGUUGUCCACGAGCCAAGAAGAGCGGUAUCAAGAUCCUCCACAGCAAAGAGGACAAGGAUGACCAGGAGCCAAUCAAGUGUCCGGUGCCGGGCUGUGAUGGACAGGGUCACGUGACGGGGAAGUACGCCUCCCACCGUAGCGCAUCAGGAUGCCCCUUGGCAGCAAAGAGGCAGAAGGACAGCUACGUCAACGGCUCGCAGUUUGUCUGGAAAUCUGGCAAGACAGACGGCAUGAGCUGCCCGACCCCAGGCUGCGAUGGCUCAGGACACGUCAGCGGGAGCUUCCUGACCCAUCGGAGGUGGGCUCUCUCCGGUUGUCCCCGCGCCACCUCUGCCAUGAAGAAGGCCAGGAUGAGCAGUGUGGAGAUGCUGACAAUCAAGCAAAGAGCAAGCAAAGGAAUCGAAAAUGAUGAAGAAAUCAAACAGCUGGAUGAAGAAAUCAAAGAUCUGAACGAGUCCAACAAUCAAGUGGAGUCAGAUAUGAUAAAACUGAGGACACAAAUCACCACCAUGGAGACCAACCUGAAGUCCAUCGAGGAGGAGAACAAGGUGAUCGAACAGCAGAACGACUCACUGCUGCACGAGCUGGCCAACCUCAGCCAGUCGCUCAUCAACAGCUUAGCUAACAUCCAGCUUCCACACAUGAGACCGCUGCCACAGAAAGAGGCCCCAGUAAAGCAUAACUGCUGUUUACAGAUGCCUCCCAGAGAGCCAAUGAAUGAACAGAACUUUGACACUUAUGUGAGUACAUUGACAGACAUGUACACUCACCAGGACCAGUACCAGAGCCCGGAGAACAAGGCGCUGCUGGAGAACAUCAAACAAGCCGUUCAGGGUAUCCAGGUCUAGCCCUGAUAGAGGCCAAAAUAACAAAUGCAAAGCAAAAACAACAAAAAAAAAAAGUCAAAAAGAAGGGAAUUGGUUGUUUUUUGCUGCUGUAAUCUACCAUAGUUCUUUUAUUUCUUCUGCUGUUAUGCUCUCAACUCCAUGGGUAUCUCUUUUUUUAAAUUAUUUUGAUUGUUGUUGCCUUGCUUUGAAAAACAAUUACCAACGUUUUAAACAAACAUUCACGUUUUGUACAUUUUCAUAUGAUCUAAUAUAAUGUGAUGUACUGUUUAUAGCUGCUAAUGUAUGCACAUUCUAGUGUAUAUGUAUGUAUUUAUUUAUCGUAAGCUUGAAUCAUUUUCUUUUUUUAAUUUCAAUGCGAUUUACAUACAUAAAAAAACUGGGCGUCACGGGUUUAACGGGGAGCAGAGCUGCGAACGUGAAGAGCAAUCAUUUUCGAAAGGCUUCUCUCACGAGCUGUAAAGCUGGAGGUCGUUUAAAUGGAUGUGAAUUCAUUCAUUUUUGUAAGGUUUUGAAAGUGGAACGCGUGGACACUAUUAUUACUGUAAAUCUUUGGCUAAAAUUAUAAGAAGAACCAAUGCUAUAAGCAAGAAGAUUUCAAACAUCAUGACACGGAAACUUACUGGUGCAAAAUCCCAUCAUCCCCCUUUUCGGAGUUGUUUCGUUUCAAACUGUCCUGUUCUGUCGCUUUUUUUUGUUCAUGCGAAGAACGAAGCGGGAAGACCCUUGGCUUCAGAAAAUGUAGGAGACAAUCUGCCAUUCUGAAUUUCUUUUUAAUCAUCAACCUUGACUAGCUAAUAGGACAACGUGUCAGCAAUAUUGGUAUGAUAAUAUUAAAUCGUUUGUUUAGAUAUGGGAUGCAAUCUAUAUGAAAAAAAAAUGUUUGGGUAUAUGCAAUUUCUUAUGAAUAAAACUAGCAAAGAGCUGAUAGAUCUUUUUACUAACUAUAAAUGUAUUGCGUUUUGUAUAAACCUUUUACUACAAUCAUGUUUUAGGAAUCUGACGCGGGUGAAAGGACUUUGGUUCUGUCAUGUUCGACUUUGCACAGGGACACCUUUGUUUCCAUGUUUUGAUGUUUUUAUUGUCGAUUAAGAGGCACUUGGCAGACGAAAGGAUUUGUAGAUAUGAUUUUCCUUUCUAAAGGCUGACGGCUCCACUGGACUUACAGGGUCAAACGUCCCCAUCCGUCAUUGUAUAUUGCACUCGUCCUGUAGAAAACGUCUUUCCAAUCAUGCAUCUUAUUGUCUGAGCCACAAUGGGACAUGAUGCCAGACGACAUGAUGACCAAGCAGCACUUUUUUUUAUUAGCUUUUGAUUGUUAUUGAAAAGAUAAAUGAAAACUAGAGCCAGCAGUCGUAACGCGAUGUCUGUGCACUGAAUUUACCGACUGAGUAUUUGAUCUGAAUCGGCCUUACGAUGACAUUCAGUCUGAAAUCACAGCACUGAUGGAAUAUGUUUUCUGAACACCGUCGAUCAUGCAUGCACUUUAUUGGAGUAUGUCAAAGUAUUAUCACGUGGUAAAUGAAGCAAAAACUGUACAGCGAGUUUGUGGAAACUGUGACUUUGACAAGACUUUGUGCUGGUGAUUCCUGUUUGAAAGCCACCUGGAGCAUUGAGUUGAUUUGUUAUUUAAAGGAAAACUCCCCCUCUGGUCCCCUUACUCUGUUAACCCCCUCUGCUGUAGUUUAUUUUUAACAUCAAAUCCAUUUUAAAAGACAUAUCAAAAACAGAAUUCUGAUCCACACAAAAAAACUCUGAUAAAUGCUGUUUUUAACCACCAACAACACAAUUAAAAAACAAACAAACAUGAAUGCAUCGUUGCAUUGGUUAACAUGAGACCUGUUUCUCUCUCCAAAAGCGACUUUUUACAACUUGUAAACAGAGCUGUGAAAUGAGAAGGGUUUUGCGAAAGCUCCAUUUCCAUUCAGCUUUCAGUGCCGUUAUUUUUCAAAGAAAUACUCUCCAGUUCUGAUGUAACUGAUGCCAGCAGCAUCGACGCUAACCCUCGGCUGCCAUAGCUUUUUUCAAGAAAACAGUCACAUCUCGUAGCUCAUGCCGUAGCUGACAGUAGUUCCUCAGAGGACGCUGAUUGGUUCGAACCACAUAGCUUGACGUCUUGCAAAAAGGAUUCUCUCGUGAUUUUGUCAUCGCACGAGUUCAGCUGCAUCCCUAGUUUUCAAAGCGACCAUGAGUUGAAUAGGUAGUAGUUUUGAUUAAAAACUCAUUCACCAAGGUAAAUGUAUUAUUCAGAGUAAGAAGAAGACACCCUUCUUGGAAGACUUGGAACAGUAACAAACAAACUUGCUUUACCCCCAACUGUAUUUGAGUGGAGAAAAAAUAGACAGAUCUCUAAAACUGCUCAAAUAAAACCAAAACUACCUGCAUGGCUAGAUACCAUUAGGUGGAAGAGAGAAAAUAUUUAAUUUAGUCAUUUAGGUGAACUUACCCUUUAAAUUGAACUUUCCAAAUAUAUAAAAUUUGUAAGAUUUACAUCAGAAGAGUAAGUACAUCAAGAAUAUUUGUUAAAAAGGCAUUAAAACGUGCCACUUUGGGUUUGAAUUACACACGUUCACUCAAUUUAAGCCUCAUAUAGCUCCAAUGUGAUAAUGUCAGACUGCGUGGAAAAUAUCUGUGAAAACAUUUAAGGGGUAAAUCUAGAGUUAACCAUCUAUAAACCAAAUCCCAACCGUUUGAUUGGUGACUCGGGACCCCUAAAACCUCGUGUUUACCCACCGUUUGAUAUGACUGAAACAUUUCUCUGCUAUCAGUCCAGUUUUCCACAGGAAGGGAAAAGUAUCAGCUAAUGGGGAGUUUUCCUUUAAAGUUUGUUUCUUUUUGGACUUCUGCUGCAAAGCCUCAUUCCCUGACUUCACAUCUCUGUCCAAAGCUUUGUGUCUGCAGCUUCCUGCCAGUAAACUACUGCAUUAGAUAGACUGACAGCUUGUAUUUUUUAUUUAGUCAGUUAUUCUUACUGAUAACAAAGGAAAUGGGAGUUAAAGCACAAUUCUGCCACUUAAAGACAGUCAAUAGACUAGAUAUUGUAAUAUCAGAUGUAAAAGCUAAACUGUAACUAUUUACAUAGAGAAUCUCAACACUAACAUGUGACAUGCUAGAAUGCAAAAGAAAACCAUAUGAAUAUUUGUGAAAUCAUCAGUUUAUGAAAAUGUUACAGUUUCUUUUCAGCGGUGCAUUGAUAAGGGGUUUUUAUACAACAUUCAUUUUCUCUCCUUUUACCCCUUUUUCUCUGUUACUCGCAAAACUUUCAACAACAGUUUUCUUACCACAUGGCAUGGGUUUUGUUGGUAUUUUUGCUGUAUGUUUAAGGUCACGAGUUGCUACGUGAUAUUUUAAUUUGACUUGUGAAGUUUGUACAAUUUUUAUCAUGCUGGUGUUGGCAUCUCUUGCUCUGAAUAAAUCUUGUGUUGCAACACUG